AUGGCAACUAUGUCAUCAUCAUUUCAGAUAUCUUCAAUACCAUCUUGUUAUUCACUUUCAAAUUUACAAACUGAGAGAAAACAAUUAUUAUGUGUCGUUUGUGGAUCUAUUGCACGUGGAUUUAAUUUCGGUGCAAUAACUUGUAUGAGUUGCAAAAUAUUUUUUCGUCGUAAUGCAUUUACAAAUUUAAAUCGUCUAUAUUGUCAUGCAGGAGGAAAUUGUGAAAUAAAUCAACAAACACGAAAAUGUUGUACAUAUUGUAGACUUUUGACUUGUUUUCGAGUUGGAAUGAAAAGACAAUUAAUUCGUGUAAAAGAAAAUAAUAAUUUAAAAUGGUCAAAAGUUGAUAAACAACAAUAUAGAAAAGAAUUACGAUUAGCAUUACACUUAUAUCGAACAACAUCAACUAAUCAACAUAUGUCGAAGGCAAAUCCAUUAUUCAUUAGAUCUUCUGAUCGUUUACCAUGGUUUGAUCGUUUUGAAUUAUCGCAUAAUGAUUGGUUAUUAUUAAAUCAAUUAUCAUUUAAUUUUGAUUCUCUUAAUUAUCAUAUUAUAGCAAAAGCACAAGAAAUUCAUCAACAAUUAUUAUCAGCAGGAAUUCAACCACUUAAAAUGAGAGCUAAAGCUUCAUAUAUUUAUGAUAUGAUGAAUAUUUUUGCUGAUACUGCAUUAAAAUUUGUUAAAUCUAUUCCACAAUUUAUUUCAUUACCAACUUUGAAUAAACAAGCAUUACUUAUACGUAAUACACGACUAUUGAUAAUGUUCUAUUCAUAUUAUCAAUCAAAUCUUAAAUCCAUACAAAGUCUAACUCAAACACCUUAUUGGAAAGCUUCAGUGGACUUAAUUUUUUUACCUUCUACAAGAUGUUUGCAUAAUGAAAUUAUAUAUCAUAUAGGUCAUGUUUCACUUGCUGAUGCAUAUUUAAUAAAAUUAAUACUCGCUGUACUUGCUUUCUCCACAAGUUAUAUGGAUCAUGAUGAUAUGUCAGUUACGCAUCAAUUCGAUGAAUACUAUCAUGCAUCGAUGCUUCAUAAUAUACAAAACAUGUAUAUUGAAUUGUUGUGGAAAUAUAUGAUGUAA